GGAAUCCAAUAGGGGGCGGUGAAAUACCUUACGAAGCAGGGAAGAACAAACCCGCGCACAUCACUAAAACAUGCACCAACAGGAAUAGAAUGCGGUUGGGAUAAUAUCAUUUAUUUUAUUAAUUACGUAUCUCCAUUGCGUCGCGAUUAUGUUGAUGGCAAAGAGUUGAUUUCACUUAUUUGUUUUAUUAUUUAUUUUAUUUUUUACUUCCCUAUUUUUAGGACCAAGUCUCCUUUCCUUCCUCAGGUCUCUUUUUUUUCUUCCCUGACAACCCGUCGAUUUUACCAACUUCCGCCUGGUUUCAUAGACCGCUUCUCUUUUUGUCCUUUGGGGGGGAUUUCUCCGGAGACGCUUCGGUUUCGUCUCGGAUGUUGUGUUUUUGUAUACUACGAGUGUUGUUGUUCCCUUCUUGCGGUUCACUUCCUGGGGAGAUCCGGAGAACAUAAUUCAGGAGCUCGUCGCGAUUUUGCCCAUCAGCCUCGCCCAACAAACACACACACACACACAUCUACACCUGCGUAAUCAACGGGGAACAACGAGAACACAAUAAAUAGAGUCGGCAAGAGAGCGCCAGAAAGCCAAAACGCCUUCGGGACCAAAAGCAAACCAUUCCCGCCUCCCGUUCUGUCCUCCCAACUUCACCUCCUCAGCUCAACCCUCCCCUAUCCGAUCCCCGCUUUGGGGCUCUCACCGCUCCGUCCCCCGCCGAUGAACUGUUCUCCUCUCCUGGAGGCCAUCUGAUCCGUACAUAUACAUCGUAAACAAGCCGAACCGAUUCGCCCUCCGUUCCUCCAACUCCUCCUGCCCUCGUUCCCUGAGACACCCUUUUCCCCCAACGCAGUAUCCCCUACAUAUCUAUCCCAUGGCGGCCUCGUCGAUGCAUCUUUCCAAACUGCGGAGAUGGCUUCUCUCCUCUCCGCCGAUUGAGUGGGGGCUGUCACACCUCCGGGAACUGUUGAUUGGGGCGUUGAGAGAAGGGCCGAUUCCACAGCACGUGGCGUUUGUCAUGGAUGGAAAUAGACGGUUUGCGAGGAAUCAUCGGAUAGAGAAAGUUGAGGGGCAUAAUUUGGGGUUUGAGGCGUUGGCUAAGAUAUUAGAAGUGUGCUACAAAGCAGGUGUCAAGGUGGUAACGGUGUAUGCCUUCAGUAUCGAAAAUUUCAAGAGGUCGAAAUACGAGGUGGAUGCUUUGAUGGACAUGGCAAGGGUGAAGCUAGCCCAGUUAUCCCAACAUGGGGACCUGCUAGAUCGCUACGGUGCUAGUGUACGUGUCUUGGGUCGACGGGACUUGGUUAAGCCUGAAGUACUGGAGGCCAUCGAUAAGGCUGUUGAACUUACAAGUCGAAAUGGUGAUGCCAUCCUGAACAUCUGUUUCCCAUACACGUCUAGGGACGAGAUGACGACCGCGAUCCGGAACACCGUCAUCGAAUAUAGCACCCCUCUUGACCGAACACAGUUACCAUUGUCGAAUGGACAACGCCGCACUUUUUCCGAAACGCACAUCGCGGAGAGCAUACAGAAGGAGGGUGGGAUGGUUAACGGACACGGAACGGAUUCCUCGUUAUUGCGCCCACGAGGUAAACGGGCGACCAAGAGUUCCAACGACGACCCCGACGCUUUCCCCCUCGCUACCUCAACGACAUCAACAGAUCACCACUCGCAUGUUGCAGAAAAAGUUGCUAUAAUCCCAGAAGCAUACACCAGCUACCCUCCCAACACUGACCAACUUAUCUUCCUCUCACCAGAAACCAUUACGCAGCAAACCCUAACCGACCACAUGCUCACUGCCGGCUGUCCACCCCUAGAUCUCCUCGUGCGAACCUCUGGCGUCGAGAGACUGAGCGACUUCAUGCUCUGGCAGUGCCAUCAGAACACAGAGAUUGUGUUCUUGGAUAUUCUUUGGCCGAGCUUUGACCUGUGGACGUUUUUACCAGUACUGUGGGAGUGGCAAUGGCGGGUACGCAAGCAAGGGGGCCAGAAUGGGGAGCUAGAGGAUAGCAAUGAGGAUGAGUUCAGUGGUUCGCACAACGGAGUCACGAAUGGAGUUGGUUCUGAAUAUUCCCCCCUGGCGCAUAGGCAGCGCGCAAGGUCUAAGGAUAGAUAAGUUUCUCUUUUUUUCUCUCUUUUUUUGGGGGGGUUGUUCUUCUUUAACUCUCUUUUUUUGGUUCUCUCCCCUUUGCGGGAAUUGCAUUGUUAAUUUUUCUUUAAUUCUGAAUAUUUGCCGCAUCCUUUUUUUAAAAAAAUUGCUGUUUUUUGAUAUGGAGUUCUGGUUUGUUGCGAUUCUCUUUUCCAUCGGUCUUUCCUCAUCUUCGAAGCAUUUAUAGUCUACCGCUUUGUUUUUAUAUUUACACCUAUUGCUCUGCUUUUGCUUUUGCUUCAUGAGAGGGAUUCGUGAUAUCACGGCUGUGUCUACUCCAUAUGCCAAUCGCUGGAUGUUACCGGUUGCCUCAUUGUCUAUUAUUUAUUUCUCACAUUCUACAUAAAAAUAGACCAGUAUACCCCUAAUCCGCCCUGUUUCCUGCACCCUUUGUAUAGCGUCAUAAUAUCAUGUUAGUGGUUAGCUACCAGCUCUUCGUGUUCCCUACAACGACCCUAGUAGACUCUAUUACUAGCUCUGUGAACCAAAACAUGGAUGCGAUUUCAGAGGAUCCUGGGGUCUUUUCAUCAAUCAAAGAAAGAUUCCAUCAAUCCCAAUGGGACUGUCCCCUUCCUUGCGUUCAUUGGACAGUUAACUCAUUCUCGAACAACUUGCUGGACGGUCAGCAAUUAAGCCCACUAGAUAUAUAGGUACGUG